AUGAGCGAUAUCACCCGUGACAACCUGGGACGCGCCCACGAUGCCCACACGGGACAAUUCGUUUCGAAAGAGGCCGAUCAAGGCCAACGUGGCCGUAGCCCGAAAAUCGAUGAAGGAAUGAAACAUGAUGUGGUUGGACACGACACUAGCUCUGGCCACGAGGUUUUCCUCGACAAAAAUGAUCGCGCGCAUGAUGUGGAAAACGGGAAAUUCGUCGCCGAUCAAAACGUUGACUAUCAG